UUGGUGUUGACCUUCUUGAUGCAAGUUAGUGUUGACCUCCGAUGCAAUAGGCAGUUCUUAUAAUAAAAAAUGUAUUUUCGUUCCUUCACAACAAGUGUCGAUUUAUCAUAUCAGCCAUGAGGGAUACAGAAUACGUAUCGGCCAAUACAUCUUGUAAUGACUGAUAUUUUAAACGUUCAUCUUAAGUAAUUCACCAAAGAAAAGAAAAUUUAGCUUAGACCGUCGAAACCCCCUCUUUUUCUCAUCUUCAUCUUCAUCAAAACCAACCAAGAAUCUUUGUAGAUAGAAAUGCCUUGUACUCUUCUCAUUUUCUUCACCUUUCUCUUUCUACUCAAAGCAAUAACAAUAAAUAGCCAAGACGAAAAUAGUAAGGAAAAACAUUUCAUCGGCAGCAUCGGCGCCGUCAUAGAUUCUGGCACUCGUGCUGGUAAAGAAGAGAGAAUAGCUCUAGAAAUAGCAGUGGAAGAUCUCUUUCACUCUACCAGCUACAACCCAGUUCUGCACGUAAGAGAUUCGCAUGGGAAUCCCCUUCGAACAGCUUCCGCCGUGGUAGAACUCAUUGACAAGGACCAAGUUCAAGCAAUCGUCGGCCUGCUGACUUGGCAGGAAGUUGCGUUAGUCGAUGAGAUGGAUGAAAGAUCCAAAGAAGUGCCGAUCAUUUCGUUAGCAGAGCUGGCAGUGACCCCACCAUCAGCAUCUCUCCGAUGGCCUUCAUUAGUUCAGAUGUCGACUGAUAUCUCCAUACAAAUGCAAUGCGUGGCCGCCAUCAUUGGUUCAUAUCGUUGGCGAAGAGUAAUCGCAAUAUAUGAAGACAAGGCCUAUGGUGGGGAUCCUGGAAUAAUCACCCUUCUCUCUGAUGCCCUUCAAGAUGUGGGAUCAGAGAUUGAACGGUACUCGGCUCUACCGCCUCUCACUUCUCUAUCCAACCCAAAAACCGUCAUCCGAGAAGAACUAGAGAAAUUGAAGAACAGUAGUCAUUGCACGGUCUUCAUCGUCUUGCGAUCAUCACAGCCGUUAGCGGGACAUCUCUUCAUUGAGGCGAAGAAAAUGGGAAUGAUGAAGAAAGGUUAUGUAUGGAUAGCUACCGAAACCAUUACAAGUCUCCUCGAUUCCGUCAACUCCCCCACCAUCUCUUCAAUGCAAGGUGUUAUUGGAAUCAAGACCUACUUCUCUGAAUCCAGUCCAUCAUUUCAAGACUUCUACUCAAGAUUUCGGCGCAAGUUCCGAACAGAAUAUCCAGAAGAAGAAGAACCAAAUCCAGACCCAGGAAUCUCAGCUCUCCGUGCUUACGAUGCUGUGUGGGCCAUCAAUCAUGGAACUAAUAACAAAUCAAGCUCUGGCCGAAGCUUAUUAGAUGGAAUCUUAUCAAGCAAUUUCAAGGGACUGGGCGGUGAAAUCCGAUUCAAAGACGGCAAGUUAGCAAAUGCGCCUGUUUUCCAGAUCGUGAAUGUGGUCGGAAGGAGUUACAGAGAGAUCGGACACUGGUCGCCAUUAUUCGGUUUCUCCGAAAAUGCGACCGGAGAAGGAAGUGCAGAGUUGGGGCAGGUCUUCUGGCCCGGUGGCCCACCUUCAAUUCCAAGUGGAUGGACGGCCACAAUGGAUUUGGUGGCUGAUGAAAAGAAGCUGAGGAUUGGAGUGCCAGCGAAAUCGGCUUUCACUCAGUUUGUGAAGGUGAGCUACGAUGGGUCUCGGAACAAGACAUACAUUACUGGAUUUUCUGUGAGAGUGUUUGAAGCUGCUGUGAAGCGUCUGCCGUAUCAUUUGCCAUACGAGCUCGUCCCCUACAAUGGCUCCUACGACGAAAUGGUGAAACAGGUGUACCUCAAGACCUUUGAUGCAGCGGUCGGCGAUACGGAAAUCUUGUCCGACCGAUAUCAGUACGCAGAAUUUUCACAGCCGUACAUGGAAUCCGGACUAACGAUGGUGGUGACGGUUAAGCCGGAGAAAGUGCGGAGGGCCUGGAUAUUCAUGAAGCCGUUCACGAAAUCGAUGUGGGUCCUGAUCGGAGCAAUGAACUUAUUCGUUGGAACGGUGAUCUGGUUAAUCGAGAGAGACACCAGCGUCGAGUUCGGCGGAGGCACGUUUGGCGACCAGAUUGGGACAAUGCUCUGGUUCGCAAUUUCAACCAACUUCUUCGCACACAGGGAGCCGCUUCAGAGCAACUUAUCGCGGCUGGUGGUGGCGACAUGGCUCUUCGUAGUUCUCAUCCUAUCAUCGAACUACACCGCCAAUCUCUCAGCGAUGCUCACAGUAUCAGAUCUUGGACCGAGCGUCGCUGACGUCGCUUUCCUCCAGAGGACUCAAGCAGCGGUUGGCUGCAAUGAAAACUCCUUCAUAGGGAAGUAUUUGGAGGCGCUGGGCUUCAGUCCAUAUAAUAUUAAGAGAAUCGCGUCCAUUGAUGACUAUCCUGAGAAACUAUCCAACGGUGAGAUUGCCGCGGCCUUCUUAGGGGCCCCACAUGCCAGGGUAUUCCUUGCCAAGUACUGUAAAGGCUACACCAUGGCUGGACCUUCCUACAAGCUCAGCGGAUUUGGAUUUGUGUUUCCAAAGGGCUCGGCAUUGGCAUCCGAUGUAUCAGAGGCGAUACUACGAGUAAUGGAGAGCGGAGAAAUGCAGGAGUUAGAGAAAGGACUGCUAUCCUCUUCCAAGUGCUCGAUAUCACCGUCUACCGCAGACGAUAUAAACAGUUUCGGUGUGAGUGCCUUCUGGGGCCUCAUCCUCAUUGUAGUUAGUGUUUGUGUUGGUGCACUUGUUGUAUUCUACCUGCGACGCCAACUCCCAAAGUAUAUGGAGCUUUGGAGGUCCACGAUGUUGAUGGACCCAACAAUAUGGAGGUGGGCAUUGGGCCCCAUUUCUUCCUACUAUAUGAAAUCCAGGAUCCUACUUCCCGUGGGCUGUCCGAGCUCAGGGACUGCCUGCUGACGGAUCUACUGUCCUGAGAAGAUGGCCAUUGUCGAGCAUGACAAUGCAGAUCGACGUUGUCCGCAAGAUAGGGUCACCAACAAUGGAUAGUGUUCUGUAUGCGUGCAUGUUGGGGUAUUGUAUUGUAGCUGGAUACUGUGUAUAUAUAUUGUAUAAUGGGGUUUCUUAGACCUCCACCCAUCAUAAGGUGG